UCUAAAUCCACACGCGUGGGAAAAGGACAGAAGAAAACAAUGCUAAACAAACCGCUAAACUAAAAUGGGCUCAGAGGAAAUGAUUUUUAAAUGGACUGAUGCCAACACGGCAGAUCUGAUUGUGUGGAGAGUCACUAACAACAGUCUGUUUACUGGCAGGAGAAAUGCAGCCAUUAAAGCAUACGAGUUGUAUGUGAAAGAGAAACAACUGCAAGGGAAAGUGGCACCUACGUGGGUUCGAAAGAAAUGGGAGAAUCUAAAACAGAAGUAUAAGGACCUCAAAAGCAUUCGUACGGCAGAGGGAGAGUCAGCAUCUGCGACCUGGAAGUGGUAUUCAGUGAUGGAUGGAGCGAUGAACAGCGAGAACCCAAUCACCCACAUCAUCACUCCCGUCCGCGUGACCUUACCGGCCCAGGAUGCUCCUCCCACCAAGCAGAGGAAACAAGCGGAUUGGCUGAUGGCCCUGCGAGAAGUGGAGAAGAGGCAGGAGGAGAGAGAAAGGCAAGCGGCGGAGAGAGAAGACGAGAGAGACCGCCGCUCCGCCGCCAGAGAAGACGAGAGAGACCGACGCGCUCUGGAGAGAGAAGCCGAAAGAGAUCGAAGAGCUGCGGAGAGGGAAGAAAUCAGAGAGAGACUGGUGCUGGAGAGGGAGGAGAGGAGAGAGCGGGAAAUGUUUGCUCGAGAGGAGCGCUGGGAGAAAGAGAUGCUGGCUAGAGAAGAGCGACAGGAAAGAGACUACAGAGAAAGAGAGGAGAGGAGGGAAAGAGAAGCCGCAGCUAGAGAAGAAAGGCUCUUUAAAGUCCUCGAGACAUUUCUGGCCAACAAGUAAAUCUCGUACACGUACUCAAAACUCAAAUGGCAAGACAUUUUUAAAGGGAUAGUUCACCCAAAAAUGAAAAUUACCUCAUCAUUUACUCUCUCUCAUGUGGUUUAAAACCUUUUAUUUCUUUUGUUGAACACAAACCAUGAUAUUUCGACGAAUUGACUUCCGUAGUAGGAAAAACGUUUACUAUGGAAGCCAAUGGGUCCCAGCUACCAGCAUUUUUCAAAAUAUCUUCUUUUGUGUUUAACGGAAGAAAGAAACUCAAUGAUGAGAGUGAACUAUCCCUUUAACAUUUAAUUUACAAAACAUACUAGUUUCUGCUUUCAUGCUAAUGCCCAUUUUUUAGCCUCCACUCCCAUUAGAGUAAUUUAUGGUAAAUACUGUAGUGUUUUUUUUAACCAAACUAUAAUAAAAUACUUGAAUAAAUAAAUUAAUACCCAAAUACGGUACUACAUUUUCAGCAACAGUAUAUAUUGUAUUACAAUACACCACAGUUUAUUGUUAUAAUAAAGUAUAAUAUAUACAGUACAAUACAAUUCAAUAGUAUUCAAAAACACUAUAUCAUUUACCAUGCGUUACCAUAACAUUUUUUAAUGAGGGUUGCAUCUUUUCCAUUAAGCACUAGUACUUAUUCAUUAGUUUUAAAACGUAGUAACACUUUUUUAUUAGAUUUUUAUUCAUUAGAUUAUUCAAUAGAUACUAGUACUUAUUUGUUAGUUAAUAGUACUUAUUCAUGUGCUGUAAGUUGGUAUCCACUAGAUACUAUUGAUUUUUUUUUAUUAGAUACUAGUCCUUAUUUAUCAUACUAUUACUUAUUAAUUAGAUACUGAUAUUUAUUUCAAUAGUAGUUACUUUAUUUGUCUGGUAAGAAACUGUACUUUUUUGCCAUUGACUUCUAUGGGGAUCUGUCAAUAAGAUGUCAACUAGUUUUUAUUACGUGUUAGGAUUUGUUCAUUUUAUUGCAUAUUUUAUUUAGGUACCGGAACGUAUUUAAUAGAUACUAGCACUGAUCUAUCAGUGAAUACUACUCACAACACACUGGCAACUAAUCGCAACAGCCUUUGUUUACUCUUAUGGUAUGACUGGUCUGAAGGGCUAAAGUAGAAUUUAAGAGUUCAAUUCAAAAUUUUAAUAAAAUAAAAAUAUAAUAAUAAUAUUUAAUAGGUAUGCAAAUCUAAUAAUAUAUACUAUAGUCUGAAAAUGUAAACAUAAAUGCACUAAUCUAAAUUUAAAUGUAAACUAGUUAGCGGUGUUGGGCAGAUUACUUAUGAAUUGUUUUCAGUUACAGAUCACAUAUUACAUUACAAAAUUUGCAGUUUGUAAUACAUUAAUAAUAGUAAAAUAUAAUACUCUAUAAUCUAUAUAAUUAGAUUACACAUUUAUGGUAACGUAACUUCGACCGACUACUUUUGGAUUACAUUCAGAUUACUUUUUUGCUGACCUUUAUAUUUAAACGAUACAAAGACAAAAUAGUAAAUUCUUAAUCCCAAAAUAACAGUUUUCUUAAAAACAGAUUCUUUUUAGAGUGAAAUGUAUGGACAGUAAUAAUACAUAAAUAUAAAACAGAAAUAUUUUGGGGAAUUAACGAAUUUUGAACAAGCUACCGCCAUUGUGAUCCUCAUAAAAGUCAAAUUCGUUAUUAGUAGCAACAGUUACUAGUCACCAUGUAAAAUAUGUACAAAUGAAUGUUAAAUACUGGUAUCUGUUGAAUAAGUACAAAAGAUAAUAGUUGCUAAAAGGUAAGUACUAGUAGCAUGAAAAUAGAUACUAAUAAGGUUUUUAGAUUAAAUGUUAAAGCUUGCCAUACUCUGGUAAUCUUACAUUCCAAAUUGCCUAUUUUCUACUAAUAAACAAUUUUGCAUUGCCAUCAUCUGUCUAGCUCUUUUUCAAUCAGAAAAGUAAGUAAUACUCUAGAAUGCACAUUUAUGGUAAUCUGACUACUUUUGGAUUACAUUUACUUUACUUUCGUGCUGAGCUUUAUGUUUGAAGGAUACAAAGACAAAAUAGUCAAUUAUUUAUCUUAAAACAAGUUUCCAGACAACAGCUUCAUUUUAAAGUGCAAUGUGUGGACAGACUGUAAUAAUACAUUGCAUAAAAAAUACAAUUGUUAAAGGUGUUGUAUGUAAGAUUUUAACUCUUCUAAAGCACAAAAAUACAAUAAUAUGUUUGCAGAUAUUUAAGAAACAUGCAAGUGAACAUUCUUGUUUAUCUGAAAAAUAAUGCUGAAGCCAGAUAUUCUGCUUUGAAAAUGUGUGUUACGUGCUGGAACGCUGUCUUUGUUUUGGUUCUUUUAACCUGCCCACUACCAGUUUAGCCAAUUAUAUUUCAGCACCCCGGGUUGCCUUGUUGUAAAACAGCGUAUUUCAUUUAUUUAGUCAGAAAGGCUCUCAAAGCAUGCGUUUGUGACCGAAAUGCGACCUCUGGUGGACAGAAGCAGACUCUGAAAUGAGACGCAGAUUUAGAUUUCCACUAAAAGUUAUUAAAUAGGAAAUAAUAUAAAUAUUACUAACGUAAACAUUAGGUAAGCAGUUUACAUUGUAACCCUGUGUCCUAACAACACGAUACUUGAUGAGAUUUGCAGUGAUGAGCAAUUUGGCUGUUUGCACCAGACAAAACACGACAGAAAUUUAAAUACAGCCAUUCAGAAGCACAGAAUAUGCUCUCACCCACGAAAUGGUAAGGUUUAUAAUCUAUUUAAUACAUAUUAAACCUCUUUAACAUUAAUAAAUGUACAUGCUGAAUCACUGACACGUGUUGGUUUUGAGAUUUUCUAAAGUUCAAUUUCAAAUGGUUUAUUUUAUUGUCAAGAUCUGAGGUGAACUAUCUGCUGCUACUUUCAGUAGUUUGGCCAUAAAUGUCAUGUAAAAUGACAUUCAAACUCUCAUUAUUAGCAUUUAAAACUGAAUAAAGCACAUGAGGUUUACCUGAGGUGGUCAUUGUCAUAGUUUUCUGUUGUUAAGCUGCAAGAAAUGGAAGCCGUUUCUAAUAUAUUCGAGGUGUUGGUUAAAACAAAACCUCUUUUAUUAUGGAAAAUAUUCCUUCUAUUGUGUGCCGUUGUUUUUAUUUAGUAGACGGUUCAAAUCAGCCUUUCGGCUCGAUAAUCAGACUCACUCCUGUUGGUCCUCAAUCUGGCAAUCUGCACUAGCAUUCGUUUUGAUCCAGGAAUGCAAUACCUAGUUCAACCACUGGGUGUCAAACUUAAAUGAACUGUAGUUCGAGUAUUCUAAAAAGUACUUGACAAAGGAAAUAUUGGGGCAGCAAUAUGUGCAAAAACAGAAAGAUUUCUUAUUUUUAAAAAAUCAUCUACAAUCGAAACGAGUCCCAAUUGAGACAGAUCUGUUAAAAAAAAAGGAAUUUGCAUGCCAGGCCAGUAGCUAGCAACAGCCACUGUUGUCAUGUAAUGCUUGUAAAAAGAUGCAUAUAAACUUGUUACUCUAGUUGAAAAUAAUGUUGCAUAAAUGUUUGUUUGAUAAUGCUUACACAAAACCAAAACAUGUUUCAUUUAAUAAUUAUAAUGAUUAUGAUAAACCAACAAGCCAUGAUUAAAUAAUUUAUUAUUGAAUAAAUCUAACAGAUAUCUGCACAUUAGACGAAAAACAACAAAUGCACAGAGCAGAGACACAGAAACAUAAAAUAGCUGAGCUUUAACAUCCUGAAUACAAGGUUAUGGGAUAGUUAACACUCAAGUUACAGUAUCACCAUCAAACUUGCAGAAAGAUUAGUGAAAAAAAUAUACUGACAGGUAAAAAAAAAAGCUGAAUUAUGUCAAAGAAUAAAGAAGAAAAUAGUCAGGACAACAGUAGAUGCUUAGAAUAUUUAUAUUGAAAUAUAUUCAUAUGUAUUUAUAGUAUUUAUAACAGUUUUUUUCCUCUGAAGUUUGGCAGGUGCUUUGAAUUUGUCUUUGCAAACAAAUAUUUGGCAACAGACUUUGCAUCAAUAUAAUACAAGCAUCUUUUUUUUACUGAAAAUAAAGCAUUUGUAAUAGUCUGAAUAUCUCAUUUCUAUA